AUGGCGAUAACAACAUCAUAUUUAGUAGUGUUGGGAACUGCUGAUUCCUUUGACGACGAAGUCUCGACUUUGAAUGAAUUGAUGGAUAUUCUUUUUGGAUCCUUUGACGACGAAAUCUCGACUUUGAAUGAAGUGAUGGAUGGUCCUUUUGGAUUCUUUGAUGAUUCUACCGUGAGUUUAGGAGGUAUGUCGGAAAGGGAAAUUUCUAGGUUGAGGACGGAAGAGUUUACUGGAGAUGAAGAAGAGGGCGAAUGCUGUAUCUGCUUGGAAGGGUUUUUGGAAGGGGCGGUGAUCACUCCAUUGGCUCCAUGUUCUCACAGGUUUCACCAUUUAUGUAUUGUUCCAUGGCUGCGGAACAACCCGACAUGUCCUCUUUGCCGUACGAGAUCUACGGUGCCUGCUGUUUAA